ACUCCAAAUCGCAUCACGGUCUCCAGCGUGCCGCUACGGCGCUACCCCCUGCCGCGAGCCGACGACCCCAGCCCCGCCGCAGCGCGCCGCCACUGCCUACCCCGUCGGGACUCCUACCCCUACCCCAACUGCCCCCCACGCCUGCGGCGUUCUACCGUCGGCGACACUCGACGCCGCGGCCGUUGCCGGCUCCCACACCCGCGGGCCUCCGUCUCCCCUGCCGCCGCCGCCGCCCCGCUUGUCUAGCGGGCAGGCCCCGUCCAUGGGGCGCAGGGGCUACUAGCGCCCUCCCACGCCCGUGCGCGCCUCCUUCUGCCCUUCCACCACAGACGACGUCGCGUCCUGCAGCCUUCACGGAUACGUCCUCCACCCUGACCGACUUCUCUGAGCCUAAUGCGAUCCCGGUGGUGGCCGCGCCCUGCUCGGCCCGCCGUCCUGCCGUGGAGGGCGCCUGUCGUCGGAGCUCUGGUCGUUGGUUCCAGAGUCGGGCGGUUCCACACGGGGGGCGCCUAUCCCGCUGUGCCACCAAUCACUUAAUUCGGCUCUCUCGACUGGUGCAUAAUAUGCUUAAUUAUGUUGUGAUUUUUCUGUACCAAUGAAUGAGCCGGGUGAGUGGUUAAAAUAUUUGUUGGCACACGUGGCUGUGUUAGUGAGAGGUCAAUCCGCAUCCUUUUCCACUAAUUAGCGUGAUUUUGAUAAGUUCAGAUUCUGAGAAGGAGAAGAAAGCCUCAGGGGCCAGAGUAUUCAGGAGGACACCAAUCCAAAUCUAUGGUGUUUGAGGCAGCUUGAAAGAAGGUUUGCUGCAGGGAAGAGAUAGAAAGAGCGAAAUAGAGAGGGCAGGGGCGUGAUCUGUUGUAAGUAUGAAGUGAAGUAAUCCUUCCUGUCCCGCUGUUUGUUUUCGCAAGUCUGUUUUGCACAACUCUGUUUGCAGUGCGUGCAGUAACUGAUCGAUUGCGUUUUGAGGGUUCUAGGUGUCGAAUAUGACCGGGCCAUUAAAAUAAAAGUUGUAUAUCUUUUCAAGACCUUUCCAACGAAUAUUUAUUUGCAAUUUUUCGUCAGGUAUUCUAGGAGAUAAUGCCUAUCUGAAGUUACUGUCAGUUUUCGUCAGACUGCAGUUUUAGGCAUGACUUCCUAUUUUGCGCGGCGUUUCAAAGUAACUUCAAGGCUGAAUCUUUCCAUGGGGCUAUGGAUGUAUUUUCAGUAAUUGGUUUGAAAUUUCCAUGGAGAAUAUUUUCUCAAAUUUUCGCUGAGUAUAGUGAAAGAUACAACCUUCUGAAUGCUGCUGUCCAUUGCGAGUUCUGUUCUGAACUUCUGACAGUUACUGUUUUCUGUAUUGAGAUUUGAGAGGCAUUUUAAAAUAUCUGUCUAGAGUACAGUUAACAUAGAUAUAAUUCAUUGUUUGAUCUUUCCACAGAGGAUGUAAGUACUAUUUUUUAUUGCGUCUACAAGGAGUAAUUUAACAUUGCUAUCCGUUUCAGUUAACUUUGUGAGAUCUUCCUGAAACUAUAUAGUUUCGGUUGUGAGUUUCAAAUUGGUUUGCCGUUUUAACGGUACUUAGAGGCCGAAUGUAUUGUCUUGAACGAAACUGUUGCAUCUUGCUUUAGAUGUUUUUUGAUAAGGUAACAGCUGCCUCAACUGAAGAAUCAUUAACUCCCUCAUCGUGUAACUUCCCUGCUGCAGGUGAUUGGAUCAGCGAACCUUCUCUGUAGUUUAGGAUUUGAUCAGUUCGAGGAACGUGGUAAGUCCCUAGCAAAAUUCUUUCGCCUUAUUAAUCUUCUGCGUUCUUUAUCAGUGCGCUGGUCCAUGCAGUAUCAUCAGAGUCAUGGAUCUUUGACAGAAUGUAACGCAUGGGCAGUAUAGUAUUCUCUCAUGUUAUGUGAACCCUCAAAUUCCUUUCCAUGAGACUGAACCCAACUGUUCCCAAUUUUCUUAUGUGUUUGUGUAUACGAUGGUACAUAAGUGAGUUUCACCAUUAUUGGUCUAUUUCUUGAUGUUUUUUCCAAGGAUAUUCGAUUGUUGAGUUAAUUGUCAGUGAUGCCAUCACAUUGAGUUAACUCUAAAAGUUACGUUUCUUUGUUUUCUGUGUUAUGUGGAAGAAUGUAGAUUUGCAAUGUGAAGAGUUAUUCCAGGACAAUAGUGGCGGCUACCGAUGCAAUUAUUUUAAUUAUUAUAGAACAUCUAAUUGACAAUGCGGUCUGUGUUGCUGGAGUGAGCUUUUUUAUGGAAUGAAAUACAUGUUAAAGCAGAACCACUGUAAGAUGAUAUUCUUCAUGUUGUCCUUCAAGACAAUAUUUUAUAUGUUCUAAAUAUUUUGUGGCCACCUGGUAUUGGAGUCUGAAAUUUCGCAUGGUGGUGAAUUACUGAAUGCAUGCCAAGGCAGUUCCAUACAAAAACACUUCCUAAAAAUAAAAAAGAAUACCUUGCUAAUUUAUUAAUACAAAUACACUACCAAUAAGGCUCUCUUUUGGACAAUGAGGUUUCUGCUGGACAUAUGUUAAGAUGAACAGGACCCCCAGCUCGUAGCUCCUGCUCGUGCUGCAGGGCGAGCCUGCAUCUCUAGCUCGGCAGCUCUAUCUCCUGCUUGAUCAAACAUCAUUUGUAACAUUCACCAUAUCACUCUGGUUAAGAGGUGAAAUAUUUACAUGAAUUAAAAUAUAUUGUAACCUAUAUCCGUGGCAACGCACGGGCAUUUGUGCUAGUAUAUUAUGUAUGUACAUAUGCAUAUAUAGAGGCCCCGGAGCAUUGUAUCACCGCACGGGCUUGAUCACUGCAUAUUUUCCCCGUAGCGAACUUGCGAAUGUUUUGUCCACUCGUUUGGCUCUGCUCAGCCGGUAGCCUUCCUUCACCAAUGCCGCCAAUUAUUCUUCCUCCAACCCCGUGCGCUGCCAAUUCGACCUCCCUCCCCGCCGGCGACGCCAUUCCUCACCGGAACCGAAAGCCGACAACGCGCCGCCAACGCUGCCGCAUCAGUGUCACCACCGCGUCCUCUUCAUCGGCCUUGUCCGCCGCCCCGGCCCUCAUCGCCAACGCCCCCACGCCCCGCGCAUUCUCCGCGCUUUUCAAGGCCGCCUCAUCCUCCUCCCCCUCCCACUCCCUGGGUGCGCAGCUCCACGCGCAGGCCGUGGUGCGUGGCUUCUUGGGCGACGGGGAUAACACCAUCCUCUCCACCGCCAUCCUCAACUUCUACGCCUCAUGCCGGGAGCCCGACCUUGCGCGCCAGGUGUUCGACAGGAUGGCACGCAGGAACGCCGUCACCUGGAACGCGCUCAUCAAAGGGUACGCGCAGGCGGGCCGCCGGGACGAGGCGCUGGCGCUGUUCCGCUGCAUGAGGAGGCAUGACCGUGUCGCCCCCGACAAGUACACGUUCCCGGCGCUGCUGUCCGGCAUUGGCAGGAACCGUGGUGGCGUCUGCGUGCAAGAACUCGGGGGAGCCGUGCACGCGCAGGUAGUCAAAUCCGGGCUGGACAAGGAUCCCUUUGUGGGUGCUUCCCUCGUUUCUAUGUACGCGGCUACAGGAGCACUGGAAGAUGUGAAGGCCGUCUUUGAUGAUGUGGAUACUUUGGACCCGGUUGUCUGGUCUUCUAUGAUCUCCGCGUAUGUCAACUGCAAGGAGGAAGAAGCUGCUCUCCUUACAUUCUACAAGAUGUUGUGCCAAGAUAUUAAGCCGAGGCAGUUUGUCUACUCCAGCCUGUUUGCCAUCUGUGGGAGCAUGUCGAUGCUGGAGAUGGGCAGGCAAGUUCAUGCCCACAGCCUGAAGAACAUAACUGACAAGGAUGCCGCCAUGACAAAUGCACUUUUAACCAUGUACUCUGAUUGUGGAUGCAUUGAUGAUGCAUGGAGAGUCUUCAAUUCGAACGACGUUGUGGAUGUAAUAUCCUACAAUUCAAUGAUUUUGGCUCUUGGGCAGCAUGCACGCCCGAAAGAAGCAGUUGAACUUUUCAAGCGGAUGAAGUUUUCUGGCUUGAUACCUGAUGAGGUCACCUUACUGAAUCUUCUUUCCGCUUUCAACCAUGCUGGUCUUAUUCAUGAAGGUUUGCAUUUAUUCGAUUCCAUGUUGGAUAUGGAGGGCAUAAAACCGACGUAUCAACAUUAUGCCUGUGUUAUCGACAUGCUGGCUCGAUCAGGAGAAAUCGAGGAAUCCAUGAAAACAAUUAAGGAAAUGCCCUUUGAAGCUGAAACAUCCUUAUGGAGGAUUGUUCUUGGUGCUUGUAGCAAACACGGUGACAUUGAAACGGGCAUCAAGAUUGCAGAAAUGCUGUUUGAGAUGGAACCUUAUGAGCCAACAAAUUAUAUACUACUUGGUAACAUCUGUGCAAGAUUAGGAAGGUGGACAGAAGCAGAAAAGGUUAGAAGUUUGAUGGAAAAGAGAGGUAUAGAUGGGGAUGAUGCCUUUAGUUGGAUCGAAAUGGGCCAAACGACACAUAGAUUUGGUGUUGAUGACCGUUCACACCCCAUCUCCGAGGAGAUAUAUAGGAAUUUGGAUAGGUUGAUAGGUAGUAUCAAGGCUGCAGGUUAUGUGCCUGAUACCAGUUUUGCCACACACAGCACAGAAAAAGACAGAAGAGAAGAAUCACUACGUUAUCACUGCGAAAAGCUGGCCUUUGCUUUUGGGGAUUUGGCUUCUCCUUCUGGAGACACACUCCGCAUCAUGAAGAACCUCCGUGUUUGUGGUGAUUGCCAUUCUGCAUACAAAUACUUCUCCCUCGUCACAGGAAGAAAAAUAGUACUGAGAGACAACCACAGUGCUAUAUUUGUUGUUGCCCAAAAAUGUUUAAAGCUCCAAGCUUUACAUCCCCAACGAUUUCUUUACACGAAGGUCUUUUCGAGCUUGAUGUCUUCCACACUGGAACAAAGUAUUCUGCAACCAUAUACGCAGUGUAAACAAUCAUUGGAAAGGCGGAUGAGAGGAAAAUAAGAUGAACAUACAGAAGUUUGGGAUUUGUUGAGGACUGGUUAUUAACAUAUAAUGGAUCUGUGAUCGAUGUUGUGCUAGAGAAAAUUGUUUAUAUGUAGCUGUUUACAAGGUGAAUAAUAUGCAUACAGUAUUCACGAGUUAAGAAAUAUUUUGCAUUGUGAUAA